UUACUCGUUGGCGACAGCCUCAGGCGACUUGUUGAUCUUAUGUAGCAGCUCGCCUGACAUACUCACACACACACCGACAGAGUGACCCAUGUUGGUUGUUGGUUGCCUUCGCCCUCUCGUCACCUGACGAGUUGGGGCAUGGUGCUGUCUUCACCAGUGGGAACAAGUAGACGUGUCGGGUGCGCCCCUCCACCAGCCGGUGUGCCAAUCUCAGCUGCAGGGGAAGAGACACCAUGAUAUAAAAUGCAGGCAGCGAUCACUGAGAGCUCUCGGUUGUCUUCGUUUUUCCGGAAUGGCCUCUGCACGGCAGGUACAGUACAAGGUACAGUACACGCUAGUGUGUCGUGUACCGCUCGUAUGUGCGUGCAUCGACCCAGCCACCCUCCCACCUCAGCCGGGUUGACGGCCUGCGGGCCUGCGUGUGUGUGGGGCGCCUGAGGUGAGGGUGUGGGGGCGGCGUCUGGCUGCGGCUCCGGCUGCGGCGGGGCCGCCACCUGCGCCUUGAGGCCGUCAGCCUGGGCCAGCGUGGCGGCGUAGGAGCUCUGAGUAGAAACACACACACACACACACACACACCCCUAGGUGACUGUAUGUUGCACCCAAUAGCAGCUAUUGAGCAGCUCAACAUUCACAUACAUACCAGCAUCGCCCGCUCCUUGACGGCGGCGGCCUCGGCCUUCAGGGCCUCGAUCUGCGCCUUAACUUCAGCCUCCCGCCUCUGAGGAAGAGUACAAUAACACAUCAAAAGAGAAGGAAGCAUCGUCCGUGCAUGGUGGCAUCGCAUACCUCCGUGCACUGCCGCGUCCUCGAAGGCAACCCACUCGGCGUCUGAAAGGGCGUCCAGCCGCCGCUCCAGCUCCUGUCAUAGAAACGCACCACAGGUACCGCAUUUUAUCGUGUCUGUCGAAGCGAACGCACCCCUCUUUCUCGUGAGUGCGAGCGUAACGCUUACCCCGGGGAAAUUUGGUGGCGAGCAGAGCCGCAUUGGCCACGCAGGUCCGCCAAUCCCCCGGGUCGAGGAUGACUUCUGCAAGGUCGUCAGGGGCCCGGGCGAGCUCCUCGGGCGUCGAACGCGCGGCGGGCGGCAAUUCAGUAGCUGCGAUGACGCAGCGAGGGCCUCAAAGAGGCCCGGCGUGCUGUUCUGCAAACAUCCCACAACACACACGACAUACACGGAGAUAAGAAUUUGGAAUGACACACAGGGAAGAGCAUUUAUUUAGUUGCCGCCUUGAGUACCAUCUCACGCAGCCGCGUCCGCCAGAUGGCGUACUCCUCCUCGGUGAAGGCGUCGAUGCGACGCCGAAGCCCCUGUCACAUCACACAUUCACAUCAAAUGCAGGACACCUUUGAUGUGUAUGUCUUUCCCACGCCCGUGUGCGAGCCCACCUCCGUCUGGGAAGAAGUAAGACAGCUUCGCCACGUCCCUCAGGAGCGUAGUCAGGGUGACCUCGGAAACGUCAUUGCAGCAGCAGCAACAGCAACAACAAUCCACUCGAAGAACAAAGAUCCAUCUUCCUCGAGCGAAGGGCCCCCAGCAGGCCUCUGCAAAGCCGCAUAAGACAAAACGAAUAGCGCAGGUGUCUGAUCACUUGUAUACCAUCUCACUCAGUGAAUGCGCCAAUGAUGCAACACUUCAGGUGCUGGGAGACAUACACGCCAAGCAAAGCAAUGAACGCCUUGUCACUCUCAGUGUGAGCCCACUUACGCCUGGGAAGAACCAGCCGUCUUGUCUCAUUCGGCCCCCUUACGCCUCUCGAUGACCAACGACUGAGACUGUCGACACAAGAACAACAGGGGAGACAUCAUGCACGCCAAAGUGCCCUGUCGUUCCCUUUUGUACCUCUCCAGGCGGUUUGACGUGAGAGGGAGAAGAGACAUAGAGAUAUAAAAUGUAGGCAGUGAUACUCAGGGCCGCUGCCCUUCUUCUAAGCGCCCACAAGGCCACCCCGGUUGGGUUGACGGCCACCACUGCUCGAGCACCUCCCGCCACCACUUCUUGAGCCGCAUAAUGGCAUCCUGUGACUCGCUCCUGGCCUCCCACACGCCCCUCCAUGUGUACUCCCAGUACAUAUAUUUCCCGCGCACACCAUUCCACCCCCACCCCUCCAUCCAGUCGGCCUCCAUGGCCUCGGCGCUGUCGGGCGCCGGGCCAAUGACCUCGACGGCCAUGCCGGGCUGGAAGGGGAGGUACAGCAGUGGCGGGGCUGGUGGGGAUGGGAGGGGGUUGCCAGGUGGCGUGUAUGGGGGCUCAGCCAGCCCAGAGGUGGCAGCCGGAGCGGCGGGGGUGGAGGAGGCCGGAGGAGGUGCGGUAGGGCUGGUGGCCGCCCUGUGGAGCUCUGCCUUGCAGGCAGCCGCCACCUCGUCUGACUCCUUCAGAAAGGCUUUCUUGGCCUUCAAACCCGCGAGCUCGGCCAUCAGGCCCGACUGCGCGCUCUGAAAGGGACAGCAUACAGGCCACGUGUGUCAAAAGGUCUCGGUGUGUGCAUCGCCGAAGGCGUACCACUCCCUCCAUGAGGGCCUCUAUCUCGGCCUUGAGGGCCUCUAUCUGCGCCUUGAGGGGCGGCUGUCGCCUCUGAGGAACAAAUCAUACCAUCAGGAGAGAGGCAAUCGGUGUGCUCCACUGCACCAGACAGAGAGAGAAUGCAUUGGCUUUUGCAUUGGCUUGCAUACCUCUCUGCUUCUCGAGGCCCUGCGCCAGCUGGCCGCGGAGCUCCUCGUCAGUCAUGGCAGCCACGCGCUUCUUGAGCUCCUCCUGCCACAUAAACGGACACGUCACGGAAGCCAUGUAUUGUCAAUCCAACGGAACUCCCUCUCAAGUGUGAGGCUGCUUACGCCUGGGAACUUGAGGGCCAGCAGCUUGGCGCUCCUCUUGGCCGCGUUGAAGUCCCGGGUGUGGAGGUCAAUGUCCUUGGCGUCUGCCGGUGCCCUGGCGACGGCAGAUGGCGGCACGUACAGCGCCAUGGGCGGGCGCUCACACAAAGGGGAUGAUACGGGGGUGCUCUCCGCUCACAGGCAGCAACAGGCGCCAGCAACAAUCGGCCCACUCGAAGAGGAGGUCGUCGAGGUCGCACUUGGUGAAGGACUUGAGCAUGGCAAUGCCCUCACUGAAGGUGCUCAUUGCCUCGCCGUCCACUAUCAUGCCCUGCUAACGAUUCACAAGCCAGCCGCGAUCCUUACACGCCUCCAGGUACUCCCCAGAGACGAAGACAUCCGCUGGAAGUAGCCGAUGAAUGCUUGAGAAGAGAAAUGGUCGGAUGAUGUGCGCGAUGGUCUGAUUGUUGAACAUGUAGUCGGAAGCCACGUGGUCCGCCCCGACCAGCUUCAACUCCAGCGCCGGCACCGGGCCGAAAUGCUGAGCACAUGACCGGCCAGCAGUUCGCGCAAGUCACUGACGAGAUCAUCUGCCAGCACGAUGGCCUCCUGCUCGUCCUUGGCACGGUUCAUCUUGUCGCACAAGUCAGGGAUGUUGUAUGUGGACUGGAAGUCCGUGAUGAUCGUCCAGUCAUCACCUGACCGACCACCACACAGACAUACCCACAAGAUGAAUGAAUGGAUGGAUGAUCUGUGUGCCCCUGCCCGCCCCUGCUUACCCAGGUAGUCCAUUGCCACAACGGACACGUGCUUCGCUGGGCGUCCAUCCGGCCUCAGCACGCCUUGUUUGGCUCCAUCGAAAUAGGGCCGCACAAACGGCGUGUCCAGCCACUUGCGCUCCUCGUUGCCGACCGAUGCCGCCACAUGCCGGAGCCGCGAGGCCUCCUGUCGCGCUUCAAACUCUCUCUCGCACAGCUUGAAGUCGGGGCGCCCAGACGCUUCUCGACUUCCUGCCACACGGACAAAUCACAUGGAUGGUGAGCACGAGGCGAGUGUGAGGCUGCUUACCUCCGGGAACUUGACGGCCAGCAGCUUGGCGCUCCUCUUGGCCGCCUUGUCGUCUCGUCUGAAUUAUUCCACCCAUGAAUUGGCCGACCCAGAAACAGGCAAAGAAACAGGCAAAGAAACAGUCCAGCCGCAACUCCAGCGCCCGCAU